GCAGUGGAUGAUGCAGUGGUUGGUGAAGGCGCUCUGAGCUCUUGAAUUACGCACGCAAAGUUGGGAGCAGAGGCACGCGUUGGAGACAUAUUUUUUUUGUUGAUAACUUACCAAAGCACUUAACGAAUUGUAACUGCGCUUGCUUGUAGAUUUGUGUUUGCGCGUGAAAUUAGGUGGCAACACAUUCCUCUACUGCUCCGAGGACAGGGCGCGCCACAGGAACGCGCUUUUGGCUUUCUUUAAAAUAUCAGGCAUAAGCCUAACAUUAUGAGGUGCUGUCAUGGCAGGCAAUGGUAAGACAGCUGCGAGGACGCUGGAGGAUUUAACGCUCGAUUCCGGUUAUGGUGGAGCGGCGGAUUCCUUCAGGUCGUCCAGCGUGUCGCUCUGUUGCUCGGACACGCAUCUGUCGUAUGCGCAUGGGGGCAACUGCUGGCAUCUGACUGAAUCCAUGCACAGCAGACACAACAGUUUGGACACGGUCAACACCGUCCUGGCGGAAGACACGGAGAUCCUGGAGUGCUCGGGCCAGUGCGCCAAAUUGCCCGAGCUGGAGGAGGACGUGCCGUGGAGUCUUGGAGAGGUGGAAGGCGCGCUGCGCAAAGACGAGGAUCUGUGCAUGGGGAACGCGUCGCGGGAGAUCCUAGCCAAACUCUCCGCGCUGGUCAGCCGCGCGCUGGUGAGGAUCGCGCGGGAGGCGCAGCGCCUGAGUCUGCGUUACGCCAGAUGCACCAAGCACGAAAUCCAGAGCGCCAUCAAGAUGGUCCUGUCGUGGACCAUCUCCGUGAACUGCAUCACUGCGGCGCUCAGCGCACUGUCGCUUUAUAACAUGAGCACGGGUGAUAAGUUCAGCCGGGGCAAGUCAACCAGGUGUGGACUCGUCUUCUCCGUAGGGAAGUUCUUCAGGUGGAUGGUGGAUAGCCGGGUGGCCCUGCGCAUCCACGAGCACGCUGCGAUCUACCUGAGCGCCUGUAUGGAGAGCCUGUUCCGAGAGGUGUUCAGUCGGGUGCUGAGGAGUGCGCUGGUAGAGAAGGAGAACGGAGUGCCAAAGUUUUCCGUGGAGUCCCUGGAACAGGCCAUAAAUAACGAUUCGGAGCUGUGGGGUCUUUUGCAGCCGUAUCAGCACCUCAUUUGUGGCAAGAACGCAAGCGGUUUAUUGAGUCUGCCGGACAGUCUGAACCUGCACCGUGACCAGCAGCGAGCAGUGAAAACUGGAGAUGGCCAUGCCUACAGCCAGGCUGAACUCCGCACAAUUGAACAGUCCCUACUGGCGACCCGCGUGGGGAGCAUCGUAGAGCUCAGUGACCUGGUGUCUCGUGCCAUGCAUCACCUUCAGCCACUGCACAUCAUGAACGCCAGCAAUGGAACGCCUGUGCACCAGAACUGCACCGGCACCAUGCACUGGGAACCGGAAGCCCUCUACACACUCUGCUACUUCAUGCACUGUCCUCAGAUGGAGUGGGAAAACCCUAAUGUUGAACCCUCGAAGAUCACCCUGCACACUGAGAGGCCGUUCCUGGUGUUGCCUCCGCUGAUGGAGUGGAUCCGGGUGGCCGUGGCGCACACAGAACACCGCCGAAGUUUCUCUGUGGACAGCGACGAUGUACGACAGGCAGCCCGACUGCUGUUACCUGGGGUGGACUGUGAGCCACGCCAGCUAAAAGCAGACGACUGCUUCUCUGCCACACGGAAACUGGACGCUGCAUCCACAGAAGCAAAAUUCCUGCAGGACCUGGGGUUUCGGAUGCUCAACUGUGGACGAACUGACCUGGUCAAGCAAGCAGUCAACCUGCUCGGGCCAGAUGGCAUCAACAGCAUGAGUGAACAGGGAAUGACCCCUCUGAUGUACGCGUGCGUCCGUGGGGACGAGGCCAUGGUUCAAAUGCUGCUGGACGCUGGAGCAGAUAUCAACAGUGAGGUGCCCAGCUCACUACACAAGCACCCCUCAGUUUAUCCUGACACCAGGCAGGGGACUCCACUCACAUUCGCCGUGUCACACGGACACGUCCCUGUCGUGCAGCUUCUGCUGGAUGCCCGAGCAAAUGUGGAGGGAGCGAUUCAAGAUGGCACAGAGAACUACACAGAGACGCCUCUACAGUUGGCAUCUGCGGCAGGCAACUUUGAGCUGGUCAGUCUGCUUUUGGAAAGAGGAGCGGAUCCUUUGAUUGGCACCACUUACCGUAAUGGCAUUUCUUCUGGUCCGCUGGGUGAAAUGAACUCGUACAGCCUGGCAGCAUCACAUGGACACAGAAACGUGUUCCGGAGGCUUCUGUCCCAGGUGGAAAAGGACAAGGGGGAUGUGCUGUCUCUGGAGGAAAUCCUAGCCGAGGGCUCUGAGACUUUAGAGAGGAGAGUGCCACAGAACGAAGCCACCCUCCGGACAGGCAAGGCCAAACUAAGGGCCCUCCGCGAGGCCAUGUACCACAGUGCCGAGCACGGCCAUGUGGACAUUACCAUAGACAUCCGCAGCCUGGGCGUGCCCUGGACCCUGCACACGUGGCUGGAGUCCCUGCGAACAUGCUUCAUGCAGCAGCGGCGGCCGCUGAUCCAAGGCCUGCUGAAGGACUUCAGCUGCAUUAAAGAAGACGAGUACACGGAGGAACUCAUCACACACGGACUGCCACUCAUGUUCCAGAUCCUUCGAGCCAGCAAGAACGAAGUGCUCAGCCAGCAGUUGUCAGUCAUCUUUACCCAGUGCUACGGGCCUUUCCCAAUCCCCAAACUCACCGAGAUCAAAAAGAAGCAAACGUCUCGUUUGGAUCCACAAUUUCUCAAUAAUAAAGAGAUGUCUGACGUGACGUUUCUGGUGGAAGGAAAGCCCUUUUAUGCCCAUAAAGUGCUGCUCUUCACUGCCUCACCAAGGUUUAAGUCUCUGCUCUCUAACAGACCAGCAGCUGAGAACACGUGCAUCGAGAUCAGUCAUGUCAAGUACAACAUUUUUCAGCUGGUGAUGCAGUAUCUCUACUGUGGUGGCACUGAGUCACUGCACAUCAGGAACACUGAAGUUAUGGAGCUCCUGUCUGCAGCCAAGUUCUUCCAACUUGAGGCUCUCCAAAGACACUGUGAAAUAAUCUGCUCCAAGAACAUCACCACUGACACCUGUGUGGACAUAUACAAACAUGCCAAGUUCCUGGGGGCUCUGGAGUUGGGAGGCUUCAUCGAGGGCUACUUCCUGAAGAACAUGGUGCUCCUGAUCGAGCUGGAGAACUUUAAGCAGUUACUGUAUGAGGUUCCUGCAGAGAGCCCCGGUCCAGGCCCAUCCUACGACGUCCUCCAUGACCUCGAGAGAACCCUGGCCCUGCGGAUCCGCUCCAUCCAUCUCUCCACUUCUAAGGGCUCCAUCGUCUGACACUUCGGCCAAACUCACACCAACCGCUCCAUAGAGCGCUUUCACCGAGAGCUCCAUUAAUUAUGUUCCAACCCGUUGGAGACAUUUCAAACAUCACCGCCAUCAUGACAGCACCGGCCUGAUGGGAUAUUCUGUAGGGAAGACUGAGAGAUUGAGUGUCACUGCACAGGCUCACACCUCCACCAUGUUGCAGAUACGUCAGCCUGCUGAACUCAUACCAUUCCAAGGGCUACGUUUAUGUGGAAACAUUCUAACAACAUUACGACAGCAUUAUGACGCCCGACCCAUGUUAGUGCCCAGGGAAACCAUGGCUCCUGAUGUCAUUACUGCCUCAGCAAUGCAUGCAAAUGGAUGGGGUUAAUUUUUAGGUGGAACUGUCUUGAAAAACGAUUGUCAUUGCUACCUGCUGAGGACAGUUUUACAUUACUCUCUAAUUGACGUAAUAUUGUUAGCCUGCCUUCUAAACUUUACAUUUGUCUAACAUUCCCUCCAAGAGACACUAAAACAAAUGAUGCAUGUCAAGUUAGGUGAUGCAGCCAAAAGUUUCCCCAGCCAUUUGUGUUCAAGUUGGACAAUAACAUCCAUUAAGCGUAGAGUUUUACAAAGGAGGUGUUUUGUAUACUUAAUACUCACAUCCAACUACAAGUUUUGGUAUUUGUGUCACUGAACAAUAAGGAUGCCAGCUGUUUAAAUCCUAGCACUUGUGUUUAACGCUUUGCAGUUUUAAGGAAUAAGGAUUUGCUACCUUCAGUCAUUUGUAGACUGAUCCAACACAAAUUAUCCAACCAAUGAUAGACUAAACUUGUUGCUUUUAGUUCUCACCGAAAGUUCAUUGUGUCCAGCAGCGCAUUAGGCCUGAGCUAUUUGUUUGUUUCAAGCCACAUGUUUUAAAGAACCUCUGAUCUACCACUGUGCUUAGUACACUUUAAACUGAGCAGUUCAUCCUUGCCUUGAACUCACGUAACCAACGAUCUUCGAUAACGAUAAUCUGCAUGGAUCCUCUGCAGUCUGUCUGGAACUUCUGUAACACACAAAAAGCUCAUUUUCCUUUUGGUGGAUGCAGAUUUACUAGCAACCCUUUGUGCGGGGGUCUACUGUCUUCAUUGCUUGCGAGUAUGUUGAAAUCAUGUGUUAUGAAAGAUGCCAUUGCACUGGUCGCAAUGUACAUAUUCCCGGUCCUCAUCUGCUGCACUGCUUUUGUUCAAUGUGAAGCCAACACAAAACAAGCUGUUUUAAGUGUGCAUGUUCCGGUUUUCCUGCGUUUGUCUGUAAUGCUGUUCACACCGAACGCGAAUAGAGCAUCUGGUGCGAAUGAUUUCAAUGUUAAGUCAUUGCAAAGGUGCGUUUACAUGCGUCUGGAGGUCUCGCAGCGCGAAU